GCGUGGAGAGGAGCGUGGCCAUCUCCUCCCCCACCAUGGCGUGUGCUCAUAUGCUGACAUCAGUGUACUCUGAAAAGGGGGAAUCAUAUGGCAGAAAAGUCACUUUGUCUGUUGUGUUCAAGGCUCCCAUUCAACCAGAUACCGUGAAUUUUGUUUAUACCAACUUGCGCAAAAAUAAUAUAUAGCCCUGUGCUGUCAGGGAAUUAGCAGGUCAUGAAACCAGUGCUGGGUUGUGGGGUACAGGCAGAGCCGUGGCUCAGAUUCCCAAAAUUCAAGGGGGUGGGACUUAUCGUUCUGGGCAGGGUGCUUUUGGCGAUAUGUGUCGUGCGGGCCGCAUGUUUGCACCAACCAAAAUCUGGCGCCGGCGGCAACACAGUGAACACAACAGAAGCAAAAUGCCGUCUGCUUGCUCUGCCCUGGCUGCCUCGGCCUUACCUACACUGGUCAUAUCUGAAGGUCAUCGUAUUGAGGUAGUUUCUGAACCUCCUUUGAUGCCUGAAGAUAAAGUUGAAGGCUACAAGAAAACCAAGGAGGCUGUUUUGCUUCUUAAGAAACUUAAGGUCUGGAAUGCUAUCAAAAAGGUCUAUGCCUCUCAGCAAAUGAGAGCUGGCAAGGGCAAAAUGAGAAACCAUCAUCGUAUCCAGCACAGGGGACCUUGCAUCAUCUAUCAUGAGGACAACGGCAUCAUCAAAGCCUUCAGAAACAUCCCUGGAAUGACUCUGCCUAACGUAAGCAAACUUGUUCCUCAGGGGCACAUGGGCCAUUUCUGCAUUUGGACUGAAAGUGCUUUCCGCCAGUUAGAUGACCUGUGUGGCACUUGGCGUAAAGCGGUCACCCUCAAGAGUAACUACAACCUUCCCACGCACGAGACGCUCGACAUACACCUUAGCAGAAUCUUGAAAAGCCCAGAGCUUCAAGGAGCCCUCCAAGCAUCUCGCAAGAAGAUUCAUCUCAGAGUCCUGAAGAAGAAUCCACUGAAAAAUCUGAGAAGCGUGUUGAAGCUAAACAAAUAUGCAAAGAUCAUGCUCCGGAACAGCAUUCUUCUCCAGGCCAAGAACCACCAGCUCUGGGGAGAAUACGCAGCAGCUGCGCUAGAAGCCAAAUCUGAUGAGAAGGGGGUUCCAGGCAAGAAUCCAGCUGUAGGGAGGAAAGCAAAGAAGGAUGUUGGUGCUACGAAGCAGAAGAAGCCUUCGGUGGGAAAAAAGGCUGCAGCUACCAAGAAACCAGCAGCUGACAAACCUGAAGGAAACAAACCCACCACAGAAGAAAAGAAGCCCGUGGCAUAA